CUGUCGGCACCUCGCCCGCCCGGCGCACACACGGGCGCGCACAGCCGCACGCACCCCGGCACCCGCACAACAUGCUGCCGGCCACCGGUCCGGCAUGGACCCCGGCGGCGGCUGCUCGGCUCCUCUCCGCGGCUGACUGCCCUCUGAGGAAAGGAAAAAAGGACGAAAAGGAGAAGUCGAACUCUCAAAGGGUUACUAUGCAAUUGCGACUGAUUUCUUGGUUUUUUAUCACUUUGAACUUUAUGGAAUACAUUGGCAGCCAGCACGCCUCCAGGGUACGGCGACAGGGAAGAAUGCAUCCUAACGUGAGCCAGGGUUGCCAAGGAGGGUGUGCUACAUGUUCUGACUACAAUGGAUGCCUGUCAUGUAAGCCCAGGCUCUUUUUUGUUCUGGAGAGGAUUGGCAUGAAACAGAUUGGAGUAUGUCUUUCUUCGUGUCCAAGCGGAUAUUAUGGGACACGGUAUCCCGACAUUAAUAAGUGUGCAAAAUGUAAAGCUGACUGUGAUACCUGCUUCACCAGAAACUUCUGCACAAAGUGUAAAAGUGGGUUUUACUUAUACAGUGGAAAGUGCCUUGAAAAGUGUCCUGAUGGGCUGGAAGCCAACAACCACACGAUGGAGUGCACUAGCAUCAUGCACUGUGAAGCUAGUGAGUGGAGUCCAUGGAGCCCUUGCACAAAGAAAGGAAAAACAUGUGGUUUCAAAAGAGGAAAUGAAGUAAGGGUCAGAGAGAUCGUACAGCAUCCAUCAGCAAAGGGUAAUCCCUGCCCAGCUACAAGCGAGAGCAGAAAAUGUAUUGUACAAAGAAAGAGAUGUCAGAAGGAAGGAAAAGGGAAAAAAAGUAGGGAGGAAAAGAGAAAAAAGUCCAACAAAGAUGAAAGCAAGGAGACAAGACAGGAGAGCAAAGGUCAAGCAGCCCGAAGACAAAACCGAGAACAGAGGGAAAACAACAACAAAACCCAGUCGAAGAAAAGAAAAGCCCCAAAUAAAGAACAGGACCUGGCACCUGUUGACACUGCACAUUAACAGCCCUCCAUGAUUGUUUAAGUCUUAUGAUGCUGCUAUCUCUACCAGAUCGCCCUGACAGGUGUUCCAACCAUUCAGGCCACAAAUGGACAAUGCUACCAGUUAUUAUUAAACUUUAAACAACAUUCCAAAUACUUCCUAUAUUCUCCAAGCAACCAUAGUUUAUUAAAGAUUGACAUGAGCCAAGGAAAACAAAAUCUAAAGAUGGGAUACUUUAAAACUGUUAUAUUAUAUGCUUCUGUGCAUCUGUAAAAGGCAAUUAAGAAAUUUUGUAUAUAUUAAUAAUAGGGUAUAAAAUAUAGCAAUAUAAUAAUGAAUUACAUUCAGAUGAACAAUGUUCUUUUUUUUGUAAAAUAUUUUUCAAGUUAUUGUUUAAGUAUGAGGCAAGAGAUAUGUCUAAAUCAAAGACAAAAAUCGUAUCCCUUCAUAUAUUGUACAUAAGUAUUAAGAGAAGGAGGAAAAUGUUUCUGAAGAGCCAGUAGAAGCCUAAGGUUUUAUAAGCUCUAGUGAAGCAGGAUGGGAUUGCCCUGUGGUUUCCUGGUCCAUGCUUCAGAUAUGGGUGAGAAACAUCAGGGGAAAGCCAGCAAGGCUUCACUAGCUGAGGGAGAAGAAGUAGAAACAUCUGCAGCUUUGAAGACUGAAUCCCUGAGGCAGAAGGCAACUGAGCUGAGCUUGAACAGUGCUCUUAUCUGUGGGACAACACAAUGUUUUCUGGUCUAAACAGUGGUACCGUGUGUGCUGUUUUAUGCUUUUUAUACCUAUGUGUAACUUAAGUCUACAUUUCAAAUCUUCUGGUGAAUGACAAAUCGUAUUUGUAGGAGACAAUGUUGAGUUAAUAAAAACCAGAAAAGUAGAUCAUGUAAGUAUGUUUUUCACAGUGAUGGUGUCACUUUUUCUACUGGGGGAGUGAAUCAUUUCAUAGCUUCACAGAGAGAAGAGGACACAACUCACAU